CCGAGGCGUGGAUGGCGGCGCCGGGGCCCUGCGCCGACGGGCCCUGCUGCUCCCGCCCCGGCGCGGUGCCCGGCGUGCAGCAGACGCUGGACGAGAUGGACUUCGAGAGGGGAAUCUGGUCAGCAGCCCUGCAUGGAGACCUGGGUCGUGUGAAAUAUUUAGUCCAGAAGGCAAUGGACCCGAGUCAGCCUGACUCGGCUGGCUACACGGCGCUGCACUACGCCAGCCGCAACGGGCACUAUGAUGUAUGCCAGUUCCUGCUGGAAAAUGGAGCCAAGUGUGAUGCCCAGACCCACGGAGGUGCCACUGCUCUGCACCGGGCCAGCUACUGCGGGCACACUGAAAUAGCACGGCUUCUGCUUUCCCAUGGGUGCAACCCCAGGUUGGUAGAUGAUGAUGGCAUGACCAGUCUACAUAAGGCUGCUGAGAAGGGUCACAUGGACGUUUGCUCCCUCCUGUUGCAGCACAGCCCAGCCCUGAAGUCUGUCCGGGAUCGAAAGGCACGGCUAGCAUGUGACCUGCUGCCCUGCAACAGCGACCUGCGGGACCUGCUGGCCAGCUGAGUCACCACGCUCCUGUCCCGGGCUGCCCUUGACGGGUGCACAGACUAGCUCUUCAAGCACCUGCUUUGGUCAGCAUCCGUGCUGCAGGGUGGGAAACUGAGGCCAGAAAAUCCACAAAGAGCUCCCUUGUGGUCACUGUGGAAGGGAGGGAGUAGAUCUGGUGGGGCUAAAAGUGUUUAAGCCUGGACAGAUGAUCAUAUUCUAAAUUAGUUCAUGAGGAAACAUCUAUCCAUUUGGAAAAAAAUAAAGUUAUAUCCUUAUCUCAUCCCACACACAAAGAUAGAUUUCAAGAUUAAAGACCUAAAUAUAAAAACA